AUGAAGGCGGCAUCCCCGGUGUGGACUCACCAUCAUGACCUGUUCCCCGGCGCGGGCCUUCCGUCGCUCCCGCACCACCUGCCCCGCGUGGCCAGGGUGCCCUCGGGGGAUGGGAGCGCGCCGGGACUCCCACUGGGCCAGGGCUUCCGGCACGCGGCCCCGCAGUGCUCUAUCUGCUACAAGACCUUCAUGCAGAAGAGUGAUCUGACGAGGCACAUGCGCAUCCACACGGGAGAGAAGCCUUAUGUUUGCCACCUCUGUCCCUACAGAGGGAAUCAGUCGACGCAUCUAAAGAAACACUUGUACCUGGUCCACAAAGUAGACAGUUCCUGCAGCCAGCCGCCAGGGAAGCCCUUUGGAUGGACGUCCAAAGAAAGACUCUCAAGUGGUGCCGUCAGCAUCGCAGGCCCCUUGCUUGAUACAGAAUAUCCCCAAGAAAGAGCCUCCUUAUCCCAGGGUUCCUCUCUCUCUGUAGAUGCUGUUGCUCCUGGCCAGAGCUUUUCCUCCCUAAGUCUUGCCGAUCAGAGGGGCCACACUUGCCCGUUUUGCGGGAAGAGUUUCAUUAAAAAGUUCAACCUUACCACACACAUCCGCAUCCACACGGGGGAGCGCCCCUAUGCCUGUCCCAAGUGUUGGUACCGUGCCAAUCAGCGAUCGCAUCUGAAAGCACACGUCGUCGCUGCUCUGGCCUUGUCGGAUCACUUCAGACUGCCGGGGACCUGGCCCGAGAACGUUAGCAAAGAGUCUCCUUCUUAUGACCUGAGCUCCCUUCAGGGCAAGGGUCGAGGUCGGGUGUGCGAUCACUGUGGGAAGGUCUUUCAGUUUACCAAUGACCUGCGUAAACAUAUCCGAACACACACAGGAGAAAAACCUUACAAGUGUCCGUACUGUAGUUAUUGCGCCACCCAGAAGGUUCACCUGCGUGGCCAUAUCGGCGUGCUGGCAGGUACCAUGGUAGGCGUAGACAUGAGUGGCCUCGUCCCUCGUCCGGACACCCACACGCUACGCUACAAGGCUCAAGACCAUCUGGGAAGAACGCUUUACGGAUGUCGUAUAUGUGCGAAAACCUUCUUCUACGCUGGGGAUUGGCGCAAGCACAUACGAACGCACACCGGCGAGAAACCGUUCGAGUGCCCCAUUUGCCAUUACCGAGCUGCCCAGAGAGCCAAUCUCAAGAGACACAUUCUGCGCAAACACCAGUUUCAGAGCCGGCUGGGAGUAUUCGGGGUUCCGCUCGUAGGGCGGGAGAGUGGCAGGCUGUAUGGUGGGAUGAGCAGUGCAUGCCAGCAGCUCGAAGCGGAGUCUGGAGGCAGGCGUGGCGGAGGCGCGGGUCCCGCGGUGUUCGCGGUGGAGAAGGCCCUCUGCGGUGGGGUAGGUGGCCCUGGCGGCGGCCCAGCGGCCCACGGGAGGUUCAGCUGCGACUUCUGUGACAAGAAGUUCAGCCACAAGAGCGACCUUACUAAGCACCGACGGACGCACACAGGGGAGAAACCCUACCAGUGUCUGCUGUGCCCGUACCGUGCCACGCAGUCGUCGCACGUGCGGCGGCACGCGCGCUUCUUGCACGGCCAAGACGUGUACGAGUAUAAUGCCGCCACCGCCGCCGCCACCGCCGCUUCCACGCCCUGACCUUUAAGAUGAGCAAAUUAAAUUCUCAUAGCUCUUGAAUAGUGCACUGAUUUUCUUUGCUUUAUUAUAUUUCUUUCUUUGUUAGCUCUUAAGAUAUUUAUUUUUUGUAGUGAUACCGAAAAAUAGUCCUGAGUUUGUUCAAUACCUGUAUAUUUUUGUACAUGUGCCAAUAAAUCUUAUAAAUGUUGA